AUGCCUUCAUUGAGUUCAACUAGAUCAAUCCUAUCAACCUUAAGAUCCACAAAACCUACUUUCACCAAAAACAUCAGAAUGUCUUCUUCCGUUCCCGUUCCCAAGGAUUUUAACGCCUGUCUUUACACACCUUUGGCUGAAGCUGACCCAGAGGUCAACAAGCUCAUCGAGCAAGAAACAUGGAGACAAUUCUCUGGUCUCGAGUUGAUCGCUUCCGAGAACUUGACAUCUCUCGCCGUUAUGGAAGCCAACGGAUCUAUCUUCACCAACAAAUACUCUGAAGGUCUGCCCGGUGCUAGAUACUACGGUGGUAACGAGUACACCGACAUCCUUGAAAACAUCACCCGAGAGCGAGCCUUGAAAGCUUUCAACCUCGACCCUAAACAAUGGGGUGUCAACGUUCAACCUUACUCCGGUUCUACUGCCAACUUCGCCGCCUUCACUGCCCUCAUCAACCCUCAAGACCGAAUCAUGGGUCUUGGUCUUCCCGAUGGUGGACAUUUGACUCACGGUUACUACACCGCCAAAAAGAAGAUCACCGCUUCUUCAGUCUACUUCCAAUCUUUCCCUUACCGAGUUGACCCCAAGACUGGUAUCAUUGAUUACCCUCAACUAGAGACCAAUGCCAACUUGUUCAAACCCCGAUUAGUGGUUUGUGGUGGAUCAGCUUACCCUCGAGAUUGGGAUUACCAACGAUUAAGAAAGAUUGCCGAUGCUCAAGGAGCUUACCUUUUAUCUGAUAUGGCCCAUAUCUCCGGUCUCGUUGCUGCCGCCGAACAAAACUCUCCUUUCGAAUACUGUGAUGUCGUCACCACCACCACUCACAAGACAUUGAGAGGACCAAGAGCCGGUUUGAUCUUCUUCCGAAAGGACAAAGAAGCCGAUCUUGAAGCCAGAGUCAACGCCGCCGUUUUCCCCGCUUGUCAAGGUGGUCCCCACAACAACACCAUCGCCGGUAUUGCCGUUGCUCUCAAGCAAGCCGCCGAUCCCGCUUUCAAACAAUACGCUAAACAAGUUCGAGCCAACGCCGCUGCCAUGGCAGCUGUUCUCUUCAAGCACGGUUACAGACUUCAAACCGAUGGAACAGAGAACCACUUGAUCCUUUGGGACUUGAGACCUAUCGGUUUGACCGGUUCAAAGGUUGAGAAAAUCUGUGACGCCGCUCACAUCACAUUGAACAAGAACGCUGUUGCCGGAGACACCUCCGCUCUUGUACCCGGUGGUGUACGAAUCGGUACUUCCGCUUUAACCUCUCGAUCAAUGGUUGAAUCCGAUGUUGAACAAGUAGCUGAGUUCCUCCACCGAGUCGUUCAAAUAUCCUUGAAGACCCAAGAAGAGGCCGGAUCUAAACUCCUCAAAGACUUCGUAAAAGCUUACGAAGGUCAAGGAGAAGCAUCUAAAUUGAUCGCUGAACUCAAACAAGAUGUCAUGAAAUUCUCCACUUCCUUCCCUCUUCCCGGUGUUCCCGACACUUCCAAGAUCGUCCGACCUGAAGGCGUCAAUCUUUAA